AUGGCGCGCAGAGUCAGUACAGCUAACGUGGCGACAGCGAACCUGCCAUUGCCGACAUUCGACCUCGAGACAUACGCCAGCAACUACCAAGGGCCUCUCCUCCCACUUCGCCUCGCACACAUCGCCACACACUGCCCAUCACUCUCCCGACAAGCGCUCGCCCUCGCCAUCGGCCAUGCGAAAAAUGGCAAGGACCUCCAACUCUACCACCGCCUCUUGGACCUCGCAAGUAACCUCGACCUACAGGAUUUGGCCAAGGUAGACACCGAAUGGGCGACACGGAAAGAUGAGGAGAACAGACGCGAGUCCGCACGGCUGGAGGGCGAGCUGAGGGGAUACAAGAACAAUCUCAUCCGUGAGAGCAUCCGCAUGGGCCAGGAAGAUCUGGCGACACAUCUCUUGCUCACUGGCGGCCCCAUUCCAGAUCCGAGCAGUCCGCAAUCAGUGAAUAGCGCCGGUUACAACGCCGCCUACCAGCACUUCGGCAAGAUGCGUGACUUUUGCACGACGCCGACACACAUGAUGGCCAUGAACUUGCGUCUCAUUUACACUUCAUUCCUGCAGGCUGUCACCACGUCACAAUCUGGAGGCUCGGCCAGCACGCACUACAACAACAUAAUCAUCAACGCGAGUAGACUUCGCGGCGGCGGUGUGAAGGAGGAAGAACAGAGCAAGUUGACGCCCAUCUCCUACGUCAUGUCGGGUCUGGCGAGCAUGGCCCAGGGAGAGUAUGCGACAGCGGCGAAGACCUUCCUCCAGGCCUCGUUCGACUACCAUAACAUGGGUCCUGUUCUCGGCUCAGAUCUCGAGCGCUCAGUCGCAAGCGCCAACGAUGUGGCCAUCUAUGGCGGUCUCUGCGCACUGGCGACCAUGAGCCGCGACGAGCUCAACGACCAGGUUCUCGGUGGCCCAUUCCGCGCAUUCCUCGAACAAGAGCCGCACAUGCGCAAAGCCAUCACCCUCUACACCACCGCCAAGUACCAGUCCUGCAUCGAGACGCUACGACGCUACUACAGCGACUGGACCCUCGACGUCUUCCUCGGAGCUCCUAGUGCCAGCGUCUUGGGCUCGCACGUCGAUCGACUCAUGGCCAAGAUCCGCGAGCGCAGCAUCACCGCCUACUUCUCAUCCUUCUCGGAGGUCAGCCUCGCCUCGCUCGCAUGCACCUUCCCACCGAACCCGAACACAGCAGAAGCGAUGGAGGCAGAAGUGCUCCUCAUGAUCGACAGCGGCAUACUCGACGCACGACUCGACGUGGUCAAUGGUGUGCUCAAGGCACCACGUCAAGAGGCACGACAAGCUGCACACCAGGACGCGAAGCAGACUGCAGAAGAGGUGGAGCGGACACUGCUGUUGCGGCUGCACAGAAUCAACAUGACACUUGCCGGGCUGGAGGUGCCCAAGGUCAAGGGCCAGUGGAAUGGAGGCGGCAUCCACCAUGGUUACUGA